ACGAAGCAAAUUAAGAUCUUUGCAGGAUUAUUACUAUUAGGGUCAUUUAUUGGAGUAACUGUUGGAUCAGCUGUUGAAGUUUUAUCAGCAUUAUGUAUCAAUGUUAGUAUUGGUAACUGUAGGUGUAUCGAUGUUAAUAGUCGUUUUAGUGGUGGUCUCUUUUUCAUCACUGUUGGUUUUUCAGCUGGUUCUUCGGUUGUUUUUGUUUUUGGAUCAUCUACCUUUGGAACAUCAGUUGGAACAUCAAUUGGUUUUUCAGUUGGUUUUUCAGCCGGUUCUUCAGUUGGUUUUGUUUUUGGAUCAUCUACCUUUGGGACAUCAGUUGGAACAUCAAUUG